UUUGUGUUCUUUCGAAAUAUUUUUUGAGGCCUAAACAAUUAGUAUAAAACAACUGAUAAUUUUUUUGUUACUACACAAAUAUUUUUACUGAUUAAAAUUAUUUUGAUUUAUCAAUUAAUAUGGUUGAAUAGGUGUCAUUUUUAGCAUAUUAUCGGAAAUUUAUGACAAAUGUUACAAAUUCAUGAAUGACCUAUGUGGGCUGGCAAUAAUGGCAAUACUGUUUACUUGUUGAGCACUAUUUUAUUUUAUUUCUGAAUGAGUAAUGUGCUGUAAUGUCUCUGUUAUAGUGAUUAGUGAAAAGAAGUGUUAACUCGUAUUUGUUUAUAGUGGAUGGAGUUAAUUUAUAAUUCUUAAGAGUGUCUGCAGUUGCAUUUGAAGUAAAAUGACCACAGACGUGUCUUUUGUGUCGGUUUGCCAUUUCACGAAAGAGGCUUUAAACAUACUUCAUCGUCUGAAUACAAGGAGAUUAUUUCCCAGUUAUGGACCGGGUAAACUGCCCAGGGAUUGGAGAGGCUUAGCCAAUCUAAUAGGAAUAACAGCCCAAGAUGCAGAAAGCAGACACGAAAAUAUGGUUAAGUGGAUUCUGGAGACAUGGCUCCAGAACGAGAAGGAGGCAGCUUUGGUGCACCACCUGUUCCGGCACCUGGAGACCAUUGACAGAUAUGACAUCAGAGACGAUCUGCAGAACCUGGCCAAUGCCAACAGACUUGUGAACACAGAACAAAAAUGGACCACUGAGAACCGCAUGGUGCCGCACUGUCCUGCCGAAGAGAACGACCAGCUGCUGACGAUGGACGACGUGGACCUGGGGGCGCCGGUGGAGUACGACGCGCUGGUGCUGUACGCUGCUGAAGACCAGGAGUUCGUGGAUGUCAUGAUCAGCAAUAUGUCGCAGAUUGGAUUCAAAUUGUUCACAAAGCACAGCCUACGUCCCGGCGCGAUCCCCUACGGGCCCAUGACGGAGCUGAUCAGCUCGCGGUGUCGCCACACCAUCCUCGUCUACUCGCCCGCCUUCUUCAAGAGCCUGGACGAUCGCUUCUACACGGAGUAUGUCCACGCCAGGAACAUAGAGAGGAAGCACAGGCUGAUUCCGUGCGUGUACCGCGAGUGCACGCUGCCGCCGCAGUUCCGCUACCUGUUCGCGCUGCACGUGCGCUCGGCGGCGUACAACUUCUGGGACCGCCUGGCGCGCUCGGUGGACGCGGACCGCACGCCGCGGUUACUCCCCCCAAAUCCCACUAACUCAGUGCGAAUCCAAGAGAUCACCAGCGGCAGCCAACUCAGGCUGAACGGCAGCCAGCUGAAGAUCACCAACGGUCAGCCCCACGGAGUACCCGCCAUCCAGGCCAACGGUCAGCCCCACGGAGUACCUGCCAUCCAGGCCAACGGUCAGCCCCACGGAGUACCCGCCAUCCAGGCCAACGGUCAGCCCCACGGAGUACCCGCCAUCCAGGCCAACGGUCAGCCUAGCCUUCAUGUAGCUCAACCGAGCAGCAACACCCAAGCUAGCACCCUUUCCGAAGGCUGUGCGUCUCAACACACCACGACUACUAUAGCUUUACCAGACGUACCCUCAACUAGCCUGUCUGUUUCUGUGACGUCUCUGUCUUUGCUGGACCCGCGGAGAACGGAAAGUGCCUCCCUCAACGAUUUAAGCAAGAAGAAGAAGAAAAGUUUCUUUAAAAAGUUAUUAAAGUUCCCUAAAAGGAAGAAAGAAGUGUUGCUCACUACGAAUUGAGUGCAAAGACUAUGUGUUAGGUUAUAAUUUUGUCGGCAUCUAUGCCGUGUCGGUAUUUUGGCUGUUGGAAAUUAUGGAACGUAUUUUUUCAGACUGAACAACAAAAAGUUUUUUUUUUUAUACCAAGUGCCUUUAACUUUAAGACAAUAAAAUAACGCAGUUACGUCCACUGAAAAAGACGACUAUAGAGCACUAAAAAGUUUUAACCUAAGGCAUGAUCUAUCGGCCUAUGGUAUUUGAAGGGCAUCAUUUGUGUGGUCACAUCAACCGGGUAGUUUAUCCUAUAUCACCUCGAAACCACAAUGUGCCAAUAUCCAGUAAUUUCACUUGUUUAAGUAUUACACAACAAUUCAUUUUUUAUUUGAAUCGUUAUCCAUUUAGGGUCCGUUUCACAAUGUCCAGGUAAAGUCCUGAUUAACUCAAUGAAUAAUGAAUAUUGCCACCUAUCUUACGAAUAAAGUCAUCGUUGGUUUCACAAUCUUCUAAUAAGCUCAAUUGGAGUUGGGCUGGCAAGAGUAGCCGACCCUCCACCCCCCCUUGUCACGCAAAAUAGGCGCCAGUCGUCGAGUUGCGGAAAAUCGCCCGAACUACAAUACAAUACAAUACAAGCUCAAUUGGUAGAAAAAGUGCUACGUUUUGCAGGAAGUUUUAUCUGGCAGUUAAUUUCUUUGUUAAUUGUGUAAUUUUCAAUCAAAAGGUACCACUUUGUCUCUUACCAUGAGGACGAUAUUUGCUUGUAUCUUUAUACGAAUAACCUGUCAAAGCGUCCUUAUGGCAAGCGACCGAAUGGUACCAUUUGAUUGAAAAUGACACAAUAAGCUAUCCAAUACUUUUCUCAGACUUUGUGAAACAGACCCCUAGAGACCUGUGUACGCCUGCUGCGUGUGCGCAGACAUGCGCGUUGUAAUGUACAGAUCCUUAUGAGAGACGGCAAACCGCUUGCGUGACGUGCGCGUGCACGGCUCCAACGUUUUAGUGCACGUGCACGUCUACGCACACGCGUCCGUUGUGCUCUGGCCCUAAAGGGGUACGAUGUAGUCAAUAAUCAUUUCCCAUCGUUUUUUUACGGAAACGUACGAACGUGUUAUGCUAUUUCAGUCAACCUCAGUACAAAAUGUACUGAGGUUGACUGAAGUAGCAUGACAAAUACGAACGAUCCCGAGAAAAUACGAUAGGAAAGGAUUAUUCACUACAUCUGUACUCCUUUUAUAUGAACCAUGUGUGAUAUAAUUUUAAGUUAUAUACACAAAUACUGCAAACUGUCUACAGGAGUGACAACUUUUGUUUGUCAAAUCGAUCUAUGAACCAUUUAGGGCCUGUUUCACAAGGUCUGAGUAAAGUAUUGCAUAGCUAAUUAACAAAUAAAUUAACUGCCAGAUAAAACUACUUUCAGUUGUAAAGGUAUUGAUCUACCAGUUAAGCUUAUAUGAAGAUUGUGAAACGCAAACGACUUUAUUCGUCAGAUAAGUGGCAAGUAACGUAUUCAGGACUUUACUUGGACAUUGUGAAACAGGCCCUAAGACACGACAAGCUUUCAGGCAAAUCCACACUUGAUUACACAAAACAUACAGUAAACUAUUAUCGAGACAAAUUCCCAAUUUGGUUCCAAGGGACCUAAGUUUAGUUAGUACAGGAAUUAUUCGUUCACUUUUGUGUCAUUGCAUUUUGAAUCUUACACCAUCCAAAUUAAACAUAAAUCCUUGGACAUAAAACAUAAGGACUUUACUUGGACAUUGUGGGAAAGGCCUUUAGUAGAUUUAGAUAGACGAGGACUGGUGCUAAUUCUAAUGCAUUUUAUACAUCACGUGUAAUUCACAUCUUAUGACGCACAAUUUUAUACCUUAAUCUUCUUGCCUAAUUCUUCUCUUCCAUCUUUUUUAUAGUUCUUUGAAAUCUUUAUAUAGUUCUAGAAUGUACUUUUUAUAAAAUAUUAAUGCGAAAUUAAGUCAUAUGGCAAUGUAGGUCAAAAACAGUUAAAAACGACGUUAUUCUUCAAGACAUAAUCGUUUUCAAAUAUUUUUAUUUUAUAUUAUCGAUGUGAAUGGCCUUGCAUUUUGUAUAUGUUUUUAAGAAACAAAUUUUUAGUCAUAGUUUAAGUCUUUAACAAUGUGCAAUGUGUCGUGCAAAUUGGUUUUUAGAUGUACAUUUUAAAGUUAAGCUAAAAUGUCCACAGCUGUCUGAUUGUGUCAUAGCAUGUUCUAUUGUUCCCGUAUGUAUAAAUGAGUUUAUGUAUGUUUGAUUGUGUAUGGUAACUAGGUCACUGUUGCUUUUAUUACUGACUCAAAUUCAGUACGUAAACUUUAACGAUUUAAAAAGAGUAAAAUGUAUUAUUGUAUUGUUUUCUAUUUGAAUUACAUUAAGAUAUAAAUUAGAAUGCUCUGAGACCGAUCUCGGAGCAUCACGGAUUUUUACUCCGCGGCAUCAGAGGUUGGCUUCGACGCUCGCGGUGUGCGCUGCGCUAAUUUGCGCAGACUUUUAUAGUCAUUGGGCCCAAAAAUAGCAAUAAAGGUUAAGUUCAAAGCCUACGUAAUCAAUAAUCAUGUAAUUUACCUGUAUACAUUUUUAACGCUAAUAAAGCGGGUCACUUAGUAUGGAAACUCGUGCAAUUGAGUGUAUUGGUGGAGUUGCAGUCGUAGAGCAUAGGCCAUAGGCCAUGGUAACCGAUUACUCUCAGGCGGACUGUAUGACUUGACUCCCGACGUGAUAUAAAAAAUGUCUAAUGACCAGACUCAAUAUUUUGUUAUGUAUGUAUAUUGUGUAUUUGUUACCAUAAAGUAAGAAUUCAAACAAUACAAUUGUGAUGUUAAUGCCUUCGUUUACUGUAAAUGUAGAUUGGAUAUUUUCAUUGAUGUUUUGAAUUAAAUAUUUUAUUCUAA